UAUCACGGCAAAAGGAAAGAAAUUAGGGUACAGAAGAAACGAAAGAUACGUUAAAGAAGAAAAGGGGUGUUGGGGAGAAAUAAUCAUCUAUGGUGUCACCAUUUAAUUUGCUGAGAGUGCAUUUUGUAAAAUCUUUUGAACGGAGAAGCAGAAGAGGAUAAUAACUCACAGGAGCAUUGGAGAAGGAGUUUUAUUUCAAUUGUCUAUUUGGCCAAAUCAGCCCCACAUUCUCUUCCAUAGCCUACCUUCUUCAUCUAGUUUGUUCUUUUCCAGUUAUAGUUCAUCUUCUUUGUACGGCAGAUUUUUCGAUCCAAAGAAACGUGGUGGUUGCCCUAAACGUAGCUGGUAGAGCAUAGAAGGAAAACAGAAAACAGAGAACAUAAGUGAUGCCCGAUUUCACGGAUGAUCUCAUUGUAGAAAUAGUCUCCAGAUUACCCACCAAGCCUGUCAUACGAUUUAAAUGUGUCUCCAAAAGAUGGAAUUCUUUUAUCUCGGAUCCUAAAUUUGCCACCCUUCAAUUGAAAGGAGCAGAGAGAGCCGGCACCAGGCUCCUCCGAACGACUACACCGCCUCAAUCUCUAGACUACGAAGCAUCAUCGUCCUGUAAGAAUAACAACAAAGGUGUGAAUCGAAAGUUGAGUUAUCCUGCUGCAAUGGUGAAAGGUUCUGCAUCCGAUUUCAGAACAAGCUGGAUCCUAGGUUCUUGUAAUGGCCUGAUCGGUAUUCUAGGUUGUUCUUAUGGUCGUUAUGCCGGCGAAUUCUUGUGGAAUCCGACCACCGGAGAUUAUAAAGAAUUGCCAGAGGCCCCACGCCUUAAAAUUAUGAUUAAUUUGCCGGUUCUCUACGGAUUAGGUUAUAAUGUUAGCAGCAACGAUUAUGGAGUAUUGCAUGGUAACACGAUGACCCAGAGUAAGGGGACAAUGGAACCUAUUCUUCACCUGUACACAUUAAAGACAGGAAAGUGGAGACAAAUUCAAGAUGCUGAUCCAGAUUUAGUUUCCUCUCUUCGAGGAAGGUCAGUUUCUUGGAAUGGAGAUAUGUUUUGGUUGGGUCGUAAACCAAAUGGGGUCCCCUUUCUUGGUUCUUUUGAUCUGAAAGAGGAGAAAUUCAAAGAAAUCCAGCUGCCAUCACAGGGCCACAAAAAAUCUAGUCUGAUAAGUUUGGGAAUAUCUGCAGGGAACUCAUUAUGUGUAUUUUAUGAAGGGAAGGGGAGUUGUUUUGAGGCGUGGGCAUUGAAGGUUGAUAACCAUGGAGCAUCUUGUUGGAAUAUAUUAUUUAGAUUCCCACAUGAUAUAAAAUUUUGGGGUCAUCAUGCCAGCAGACCUUUAUGCUUAACAAAGGAAGGAGAGGUUGUUAUGGAUUCUGGUGUAAUAUACCUUUACAAUCCCGAGGAGAGGAAAUCUACAUAUUUUGAAGCACACAAUAAUAGUACUGGUACAUUUUCUGUAUUGUACAUUGAGAGUUUAGUUUCACCAAAUUGUUAAAAAGAUACGGAGUAGUAUAGAUUUCUAAUUACACAAUAUUAAUUUAUACAUAGUACUCCGUAUGGAUUUGAGAUUUUAUAAUCCAUUACCAGUAGGUUCCUUGAUAACAUUUAUUGUCUUUUAGACUUCAAUGAAAGAAAUAUAAAAUAAGUUUACCUGUGUUAAA